AUGUCUAUAAAUAUGUUUAAGAAGAAACCAACCAUAAAAAGUUCUUCUGAAUCGUCGUACACAAGUGAUGAGGUAUCGGGCGAUUAUGUAACAGAAAAGUCUCGAGAUGUGAUCGUCCAAGACACUGAAUCAUUGUGGGAUUGUAGAGACCGAAUGUUUUUGAGUGUGCGAAAGAUAAAGACCAAAGAUCAGGUCGAGAAAGAGGUCGAUAAAGAUAAAAUUAAUAUGCAACUUGAAGAAGCACUUAUAACCGUCGAGGUUAUUGUAGAAUUUCAGACUGACAUCACAACAGAGAACUUAAAGGUUAAUGUUUCGAGUCAGACAAACAAUCAGCCAAUAGUGAUUACGUUUAAGUCGACAGCCGAUAGGAGCCAACAAACUAGCACCGAAAGCUGCAUAAAGCGCGUUACUAAAAAGGCAAUACUUCCGCCUGUGAUUACACCACAGAGUAAUGAAUGGGAUAAAAGUCGUAUUUCAAUGGAAGAAUAUAGCAAUUCUAUAGUGCACAAGCCGUGUAAACAGCAAACGAGUAAAUUUCCAAAAUACGCCAUAAAUAGGAUUCUCUCACCGUCUUAUUGCAGUAACUGCAUGUGUCAUAGUUGUUCGUGUUACGAGAACAUGAUGCCCAUACAUAAAAUCGGGUACGCCGUAAUGGUGCUUGCUAAUCAGGUGCUAAAAACACGUCUAUGGUUAGAAGGAUGCCUGCAAUACACCGACAAUCAAGCUGUCACGCAAAGAUCCGAAAUCCAUUUUAGACUGAGCUCCGUCGCUGCCGAGACGAAGUAUCUGGCCCGUGAGCUGACAUUUUUAGGGAUUGACAUGAACCACUCCACCGGUACGGUGGAUCAGGUCGAAAUUCUCAUUGAUAUCUAUGACAAGUGUUUCCGACGUUUCAAAAAGAUCAUGAAGUCCGUGCGUUGGAUCGAAAUGUCUUGGAGCAAAGGGAAUGAUGAUAAUAAAGACUAUGGUAGCCUUUCAAUGACGGAUCAAAAUUAA